UCUCUUGAUAGAGGUGGCCUCAGCAACAUGCUGUUUCAGUGCUCACUACCUGAUACCAUUGAGACAGUUGCAGAUGAACCACGGAAAGUUCUCCUGCGCUUAUAUGGUGCGAUCUUGCAGAUGAGGUCCUGUAAUAAAGGAGAGUCUGUACAGUCUCAGAAGGAAAAUGACUUGCAAGGGGCAGAAGCCAUGGUUCUGGAAAGUGUUAUGUUUGCCAUUCUUGCAGAGAGAGCUCUUGGCCCAAAGCUGUAUGGAAUCUUUCCGCAAGGGCGACUGGAGGAAUUCAUUCCCAGCAGGAAACUAAGUACUGAAGAGCUAAGCUUACCUGACAUAUCUGCUGAAAUAGCUGAGAAGAUGGCUAGAUUUCAUGGCAUGAAAAUGCCGUUUAAUAAAGAACCUAAGUGGCUUUUUGGAACAAUGGAAAAAUAUCUAAAUCAAGUGCUGAGGAUUAAAUUUACCAGAGAAUGCAGAACUAAACAACUGAACAAACUCCUCAGUUACAAUCUCCCCCAGGAAAUGAAAAAUCUAAGAGCUAUGCUUGAAGCUACUUCAUCACCAGUCGUAUUUUGCCACAACGACUGUCAAGAAGGUAAUGUCUUGCUUCUGGAAGGCAGAGAGAAUUCAGAAAACCAAAAGCUGAUGCUCAUUGACUUUGAAUACAGCUCUAUCUGUUUCAGAGGAUUUGACAUUGGGAAUCACUUCUGUGAAUGGAUGUAUGAUUACACGUAUGAGAAGUACCCAUUCUUCAAAGCUAGCGCUCUUAAAUAUCCUUCAAAGAAGCAACAGCUUCAUUUUAUCUCCAGUUACCUGUCUGCAUUCCAUGAUGGCUUUGAAAAUCUGAGCAAUGAAGAGAAGUCCAAACUAGAAGAAGUAGUGUUGAUAGAAGUUAACAGGUUUGCCCUUGCAUCACACUUCUUCUGGGGUCUGUGGUCUAUUAUACAAGCAAAGAUCUCAUCCAUUGAGUUUGGUUACCUGGAAUAUGCGUUAUCCAGAUUUGAUGCAUACUUUGAUCAGAAGAGGAAGCUGAAGGUGUGAAUGCAGGAGGAGUGGCCUGUCGGUUACUGUACGAAGAGGGCAGCUGGACAGAACUUACACUGUGCUUAGGCUACUGUAUCUCUUAACGAAGGUAUCACUGAAUUCCAGUUCCUUGGAACGCAGGUGUACAGUACUGAAGACUGUAUAAAACCGACUUGUUUACAGUUUCGUAAAUACUUGGAAUGAGAUUGGGAGGCAAAAGUAAAAUACAUCAGUGCAAUAUCUUUAAAUCUUCUUGAUCUAGGAGGUAUUUUAUAUUUUGAGAGAAGCUUACAAUUAAGUGUCAAUACCACAUGCAUCAGAGCAAACAGUGUUACUGUGAGUACAUUUUCGGGGGGGGGUGUUGGCAUUAUGGUUUAUGUUGUAAGCGGAACAGUUGUAAAAGAUUUGUUGUAGACACUGCCUCUUAAUGAGAAGGAAAAGUGAAGGAGACAACUGUUAAACUGUGAAGUAGGCUUAAAAUUUUACUGUGAGAUUAGGUUCGACAUGCCCCAUGAACACUAUCUUCAAAGCUGCU